AAACACUAAAAUAUUAUAAUAGUAUGCUGUGCCCAUGCCCUACGGCCUACAUACUGUAUAGUUGCAAUCUCUUAUAGUAGGUACAUAGUACAUAUUUUAUUGAAAUAUUGAAAUGACACUGGAAACAACUUGUGUGGUUAAAUACAUGUAGGAUAUUGACAAUAUAACUAUACAGCAGAGUGUUUGAAAUUAAUUUGUUAUAAAAUAUAAAUUUGCACUAUUUGCCAUAUAUACAAUAAUAAUGGUAAAAUUUUUUGAAAAUAAAAGUUUAUUCCCAUUCAGAUGGGAUCAAGUAGUUCAUGGUUUUUGGCAUCGUUAUCCAAACCCAGAAAGCAAGCAUGUAUUAUCUGAAGAUGUGUUACAUAGAGAGGUGAUAGAAAAAAAAUUACAUUCUAUUAGGUUAUUUACAAAAACUAACAAGUUGCCAAAAUGGGGUGAACGUUUUAUACAUAGUAAAGAUGUAAAAAUUGUUGAAGAAUCAAUUUUAGAUCCUUCAAAUAAGACAUUGGUGACAUAUACAAGGAACGUUGGAUAUGCGAGUGUUAUGGGUGUGACAGAAAAAGUUGUCUAUAAAGUAAAUGAAGAAAAUCCAAGUACUACAGUUGCAGAGCGAUCAGUAUGGAUUGAAUCAAAUGUAUAUGGAAUGUCUAAAGCAAUUCAAGCAUUUGGAAUGCAACGAUUUAAAGUUAACAGUGCUAAAGCAGUAAAAGGAUUUAAUUAUGUACUCAAUAGUAUGUACGGUACUAAUACUUCAAGUUCAUCUGGUGUCUUAUUACAUCAAAAAGAAAAAUUAAAAGAUGCUCUGAAACAAUCUAACUACAAAACUGGAUCUCUUUAUGUUCAUUAAACGUAUUCCUACUUGAGAGUUCACCAAGUUUAUUAUGAUCAAUAUAAUGUGAUAACAUAAUUAUGUAUUCUUAUCAGUUCAACAAUUUAAACCAGAUUAAAACACUCAUCAAGUUUAUGUGGUUACUAAUUACUAUCAUCUUUAUAACAUUUAAAUAGAAUACAGUUAAAUUAUUUUAAUUAAGUGAUUUUUUUUUUUGUCUUUAUUACUAUUAUUAAACUGUCUAUUUAAUUUAUACAAACAAUACUAAAUUUGUUAUCCAAUAAUUUGUUUAAGUGAUUUAAUUUUUACUUCAUAAUUUUAUAAGAUAUUGCUAAAUUUCUGAUGUGGUUAUAGAUGAAUAAAUUGUCUUCUAUGUUUAAUUUUUUAGUAUUGAACAGUGAACACAUUAUUUUGUAAUGAUUCUUUAUUAUUCUAUUGUGGAGUUUAAGUAGAUAUACCUUUUAAACAAAUUGUUUGGUGUAUUUUUUUUUAAUUUUUAAUAAUAAGGUUAUUAAAAUAUUUAUUUUUUAUAUACUUAAGACGAUACUACACCCACAUGUGUUGCUUAAUCUUAGGAACUUACCACAUACCAAUUUUUGUGAAAUAACAACCUUUAAUAAUAAAAAUAAAUCAAUCUAUUAUUAAACUUAAA